CAGAAGUGGCGAGCUUGCAGUCUGUGAAGGCAAGUGUCUCAGUAUCACCAUGAUUCACCUUAUAUGGGGAGGAUCUUAAACCUCCGUGGUUGCAUAAAUCAUAUAAUUCAAGAUGAAGACGUGAUCAUAGCGCAUUCGGCAUCGUUCGAGGCAUCGGAAUACCAUUAAUUUCUGACACGCGCGAUAGAACCGUGGACUCCGGGCACCGCUGCGGAGGUAGGCGGGGGCUGGAGCCGAAGACAAAGAUAUUUUAUGCUAUUAAUAAAACAGAUUACAAUGAAGCGCAGAAAGAUUGUGGUUGCGGCAGGCUUCUGCCUUUCCUUCUUUCUCGGUACACUGAUGAAUUUGCUGUAUAUACCAGGGUUUGAGCACCACCAGAAUAACGAUAAUAGAGUGCAUCGAUAUUACCACGAAAAACAGCAGCGGGUUACUGGCGAUUCACAGCUUCGCGUUGGUGAGUUAGUGACUGAAGCUGCAGCCAAGUCACAUAGUAAACCGUCCUCGGAAAGCAGCCAUCACCAGGACCUAAUGCUGCAGAUGAGAGAGAGAUUCGAUGAAGUUGUGCGGUACCGUCAGCGUCAAGCGCAUGGGUCUGGCACCGGAGAUCUAGUCCGCCCGCUAGAGAGAAGGAGGCUCAUGGAUUCAGAGCCAGGGAACAAUUGGGACCCUAUCAAAGUAAUUGAGCGAACCGAUAACCGACAGACACAUUUUCAAAAUCGACUUUCACCUUCGACAUUCAUGCGCGCAAAAUCUGAAAAACAUGUCACUAUGAAUUCGAAGAGCAUUAACGGUACCCCGAUGCUCGGCUGCAGCAGCAUAGCAAAUGUGACCAAUGUUCAGUAUCUUGGCUCUGGCUACACAAAGGCUGUCUACAAGGCGGCUCUCAACAGCAGCUUGUCCGUGGCUCUUAAAUCAGUGGAUUUCGGGGGACACGAUAUGGAAAAUUGCGUGAAGAAAUAUAGUUCACCUGGAGACUGCUACAGACUGGCGUCCUUCAAAAUAUUGAAAGAAAUGACGCUGAUGGAAAGGCUACAACACCCCAACAUCCUCAAGUUGUAUGGUUACUGUUACCAGGACAGCAAUGACAUCCAGGACACGGUGACAGCCAUCACAGAGCUAGGCAGCCCUCUGGAGAUGAUCCAGCUAUUGCAGACAUCCUGGGAGGAACGCUUCAGGAUCUGUUUGAGUCUGGUCCGUCUACUCCACUACCUGGCCCGCUCCCCGCUGGGCUCGGUCACCCUGCUGGACUUCAGGCCGCGCCAGUUUGUCUUGGUUAAGGGGGAGCUCAAAGUCACCGACCUGGACGAUGCCAGCACGGAGGAGGCACCUUGCUCACCAUCCAUCCCCACUGACUGCGCCAUGGAGUUUCCGGCUCGCAACUUCUCCCUCCCCUGCAGUAGAGGGCGCUGCCUAGGCAUCAAUGAGAAGCGCAACCUUUACAAUGCAUACAGGUUCUUCUUCACGUACCUGCUGCCUCACAGUGCCCCGCCCACUCUACGCCCCCUACUGGACAAGAUAGUCAACUCUACAGGAGAGCUCAAAUGGGGGAUUGAUGAGACUCUGCUACAGCUGGAGAAAGUUUUACACCUGUACAGGAAUGGAUUUUACCUACAGAACAACACACAGAUGCCCAAAGCAGAAUAUAAGAGUGUGAUGGACACCUCUAUCCUGGCAGAGAACUAUCGCUGCUGGCCGUCCUAUCAGCAUGACGGCUGUCUGCUGUCCGUUUUCAGCAUCCGGGAGGCUAUUGAUGUGUGCGAGAGCCACGCCCAGUGCCAAGCUUUUGUCCUGACCAAUCAGACCACAUGGACAGGUCGCCGGCUUGUAUUUUUCAAGACAGGCACUGCCAGUCUGAGUUCCGCCAAGGGACAGAUUGUCUACGUCAGAGCGGGCGGCUGAAUCAGAGUAGGGGGAGGAGAUAACUGCCAAACCUCACUGUGAUUGGUUAACCUGAUCCUGGGACAGCUUAGGUUGUCAACCUGAUUGGAUGUGUUGAACAGGGGAAGUUCUGGAUGAUUCUAGACCCCACCCUUGAUUCAGUGCGGAGAAGAUGAAUCCAAUUCCCUGUGAAGUGCAAUAACACUGGCAGGAGAGCAUUACGUUCACGUCUCUGUUGACAAUCCAUCCAAGUAAAUGUGUGAAUCGGACCCGCCAUGCGCUGUAAGUUCUACGAAGGGACAUUUAGAGGUGUCCAGGCUUAAAGCUCAGGGCAUAGUGAGGUCACUUUCUGCUUCUGGUACUAUGGCAUGUCUGUCAUUGUUCAGGGAAUGCUACGCUUCAAAGGCAGCCUCUCCAUGACUGUUCAGCCAAUUAUCAAACUCUAAGAAAGGUAAAGACAAGCAUAUCUGAAUAUGAGAUUUACCCCAAAAAAUAAAACAUCCAUACAAGGACUUCGUUAAUUUGACAUCUUUACACAAUGCUCAGGUGUACUAAAGUUACACUCUUCUAGACGUCAGUCAGAGAACAGGGACUGAUACAGUAUUACAGUCUUAUAGACGUCACAGUCAGAGAACAGGGACUGAUACAGUAUUACAGUCUUAUAGACGUCACAGUCAGAGAACAGGGACUGAUACAGUAUUACAGUCUUAUAGACGUCACAGUCAGAGAACAGGGACUGAUACAGUAUUACAGUCUUAUAGACGUCACAGUCGGAGAACAGGGACUGAUACAGUAUUACAGUCUUAUAGACGUCACAGUCGGAGAACAGGGACUGAUACAGUAUUACAGUCUUAUAGACGUCACAGUCGGAGAACAGGGACUGAUACAGUAUUACAGUCUUAUAGACGUCACAGUCAGAGAACAGGGACUGAUACAGUAUUACAGUCUUAUAGACGCCUUAUUGUUUGGUUUUCCGGGUGGGAAAAAUAAGGUGAUCAGAUUGAAUCCAGCCUGUGGCAGUGUUGAGUAUAUGCAUGGCCCGCAAAUCAAUAAAAAAAACAUGGAUUUUAUUUUAUUUUAUUGUGCCCCGCUCUGUUGAAUUUCAAAUUCUUAUAAAGCCAAAAGAGUUAGCUCACCCCUUUCCUAGUUUCAAAGCACUUUCUCUAAAGUCAAACAGGGUUUCUCUGUGCUUUCAAAAAGCAUCUCAGAAAGUGUGAUUGAUUCCAAAUCUUAGUGAAUGAAGAAUCUGCACUUACAGUACAGGUGAUUGUAACAUCUGAGUUGUCAGAUAACAUUUCUUGUUUUUGCCAAUGUCAAUGAAAACAUAGACAUUUAUUUCUUUCGGACAAAUCAAAAAUGUAUUGUGUCAUUGUUGAUUUUGUAUGUUGACCAAAUGUAAUGUAGUGUUGUGAUCUCCGUGAGCUCAGCUUUCGAUUGUAGCUUAUUUAUUGGAGAGAGUGUAAUUUGGCUCCAGUCCAACUUCUGGGUCACGUUCAUUAGGCAGCAAACAUGGACUGAACCAGGGAGUGACAACCCAAACUCAUCCAAAAAUAAAUCUUACUGUUUUCCUUUUUUAAAACAUAAUCUAUGAUUUGACCCUAAUGAAUAUGACCCUGGGUUAAAAGUUAACAAAGCAGAAAGUACCUCUAUUCUAAUUUCCUAAGGAAAUGUGACAUGAACCUUUAGAUAGCUCAAGAGUCAGUUACACAGAUCUCGCUUUCAGUGAAAGCCCUCAACCUUUUGAACAAAAUAAAUCAAAAGCAAGAACACAUGUAUAUAAUGAUGUUACUGAUGAGAUUGUUAUUUUUAUAUGGAAAAAUAAAAACUUUAUGGCAAACUA